GCCGGGCCAGGCGGCGGCGGGGCCGGGGCCGGCGGCGGGGGCAUCCCCGCCUCCUCGCUGGCAGCGCCUGAGCCGCCGGAAACCCGGCGGUGCUGCUGCUGCCGCGGCUCCGGCUCCCCGAGAAGUUGUUGCGGAAAGAGAGCGGCGGGGUCCGGGCCGGCACCCCCGGCCCGCCCGGCAUGACCGUCCGCCCGGAGCCCAGCGGGGCAGCGGGGCGGCGGCCGAGCCCCUGAGCGGGCGGCUGGGAGCCAUGGAACAAGAUACAAAGGAAGAGGGCUCAGAGAAACCAAAGUGUGCUCCAACUGCAGAGAAAUAUGGCUGGAUUAAAAAAAGCAGCGGGGGGCUCCUGGGACUGUGGAAGGAUCGUUACAUCCAGCUACGGAAAACACAGCUCGUGGUCUACGAGGAUGAGGAUGAACAGAAGUGCAUAGAAACGGUAGAACUGGAGAGUUAUGACAAGUGCCAGGAGCUGCGUGCACUACUAAAAAGGAAAAAUCGUUUCAUUUUAAUCCGCUCCCCGGGUAAGAAGGUUCAUGAUAUCAAAUUUCAAGCUCCAACUUUGGAAGAAAAGGAAUCGUGGAUAAAAGCUCUUAAUGAAGGGAUCAAUAGAGGCAAAAAUAAAGUAUUUGAUGAGGUGAAAGUAGAUGAGAGCCUUUCCUUGGACCAUGUGACUCGGGACAGGGUGAAGGUGUCCCACGGACGUCGGCCACCCACGAGGAGUCACCUGAAGGAGGCUGCCAAGCGUACAUCAGAUGGUAUCCUGCGACUAGAUCUGGAUAUAGUAGACAAUGGACCACCAACCAUUGAUUCCACUAUCAGUGAAAAUGACAAUGAACCACCUCAGAAAGAAACUCCAAAGCCCCCUAUGCCACCUACAAAACCCACUGGCACAAAAGAAAACCAGGAGGCAGAGAACGAUGUUCCUGACCAGGAACAUAAAAAACCUCUGUCUCCUCCACUGCCUCCAGAUAAGAAGCUUAAGGAAAGCAUCACGUCAAAGGACAGUGUAAAUGCCAAGGAAGGAGACUCUCUAAGUCCAGAGGAGAAUGUGGAGGAAUCCCAAGCACCAAGUGAGGAGAACAAGGAGAACCUCAAUGAGGUCAGCAACAGAGUUAUAUCAAAAGCUCCAAUUCCACUUCCUAAGAGUGUGCCAGACAAGCUGAAAGUAGCUUGGGAUCAACCAACCAUUGAACCUAUAAAGACAGAAGACUUGGAAUCAUCAGGACAUGAUGGCAAAGACAACCUGGCUGAGAUUGCUGCUGCAGAUGUUUCAAAGCCUCCUGUUCCUCCUAAGGUUUUGCCAGAGAAAAUGCCUGCCCCAGUGAACUCCAGCUGUGGUGACCAGGAGCAGGAGUCUGGCAGCUCCAAGCCCCCAGUGAAUGGGAUCACAGCCAGUGAGGUAGCAGAGUUCACAUCCCCGACAGCUGAAACAGAAGAAGGAAAUGGGAGGAUCGCAGCCGAGAAGGAACAGCAAACUUCAGCAGAAGAGACAGAGACUUCCUUAGCUACAGAAACAGACCAUGAGAGUGUAAAAGCAACUGUUGAGAAGAAAGAUUCUACAGAAAACACUUCAGGUAUCAAACUUCGCUGUUCUUCUGUGGGAGACUUGCUCUCCGAUUCCAAAAACAAACAGAGAGCACUUGCAGGUCAAGGUUUCCCAAAGGAUUCCCAUCAAUGCUUAGCUAAAAUGGAAGAGAAGGUCGCUAAUGAAAGGGAAAAAGCAGAAAAGCUUCUGCAGAAGGUUUUACGUGAAGGGUUGGAACAGGCUCAGGAGGGGAAUGGACCCCCAGUGAAGGCAGAGACAUUGCUCAAUGAGGCAGUAGAACAGCUUCGGCAAGCUUCACAAGUUUUGCAAGAAAUUAAAGGUCUUGGAGAACUGAAAAAAGAAGGAACACAGAAACAGAAAGAAAAGCAAAAGGAUCUAGUGACUCUUUAUAGGAGAAGUGCUCCCUGACACACUCUGCAGAGACUUCUUUCCCAAAGUCAAAGCUAAACAUUUGCAUUUAUGAUUUGUACCAUUGCUAGGCCAGUAUUUAAAGAUGGAGUUUUGCUGUGCACACAUCAUGUUUGUGGGACAGAAUUGAGCUUUCAGUUAUAGCAUCUUUCUUUCUUCAUGUUGUACAUACCAGUCUUGUUUCUAAUCCUCUUAGCAGAAUAGAAGGUUACAGGACAGUGAACAGUUUCAAAAAUGUGAUUCUGUCCAAAGUCCUUUCAAUGGAUUAGGCCUUAAAAAUUACUGGGAAUCAGACCAAGCCAGAUUUUUUGAAAGGAGCAGAAUGGCUAUUCUAGCAAAAGCCCCUAUGUCUCUCUGUAUUUACAGACAAGCAAAUACCAGAUUACACUGGCACCUAUCUGGUUUUCCCAGUUAAAGCAUUUAAGGAUAAAUGUAGUCAGUGUUUGUUCACUUGCUGGCACAGUUUCCCAGACCACCUGGCCCAGUGACAUCUAGGAAUGUAAAGAUAAACAAUUUAAUCUUCUCCAAAGAUACUCAUAAAACCACAUCCAGAGUUUAAAAGUGACCUCACACAGAGGCAAACCAAACUGGCCAAUUCCUGACUCCAAGUAGUGUCCCUGAUGUGGAGCAGCUGUAUGAAGGCAAUUUGAGGCUGGCUCUGCAGCACUUUAGGUGUGCUAAGCACUGUGUGAGUGGACACAAGUCUCAAAGCAUCAUUGCCAGGCAAGUAUUGAUUGUUCCUCUUUCAUUAAUAGGGAAAUUGAGAUUACAGUUGGCCCGUGAAAGUGUCUUCUACCAGAACAACACAUUGAUUAUUGAGGAUCAUACUCAUCUGACAACUCUGAAUCCGCUCAGCGUUGUUAGGAACAAAUAGCCAAGCAUUUGGAGAACUUGUGUCCAGGAGCUUCCUAGGAGAGCUGUCACAAUGAAGUUUUGGGGAUGUGUGUUCCCUUAGUGUUGUCUUGGGAUGUAACUGACAGGAGCAUGCACAUCAGGCAGUGGGUCUGGAUGAGAUCCCCCUUCCCACUCAACACGUCUCUACCUGCUGUGUCGUGGCCAGCCUGAAAGCCUGGCCCAGAUCUCUCUAAUUGACACACAUGGAGGGAAAGGCAUUUUGCACACAAAACUUUGGGGCUGGUCCCAAUGGCUGUAUAGCUCCACACCCGAGCUCUUCUAUUCUCUAUAGUUGCUUUGUGGAGGUUGUGUGACAUCCCAGAGGCUCCUUUGCUUCAGCCAAGCUCUAGAAACAUGGAAAACGGCAAUCUCUCCAGUCCGGUUUUAAGAAGUGACACGCUACCUAAACUCUUUUCUCUCAUUUGCCAGCACUUUGUUCUUAGCUCAUCCAUUUCUUUUUCUCCUAAUUUCCCAAGUCCUGCAAGUCUGCAGGGGGCUGCAAACACCACCCACAGCAGCAGUGAAGUUUCAUCUGAGCCUCCUCUUAGGCUAGGCAUAGGUACUUCAGGUCUGAGCACAGAAAGAUUGGCUUUGGGCUUCCAAGUACCCUGGUUUCUACCACCUGGAACCAGCAAGACAGGUAAUAACUGAUGCUUCUGCCUCUUCUGAUUAAAGUAGACUUGGUUUUGGUAAUGAGUCCCCCUCUCAAGAAAGCCAUAGAUGUUGUAUGAGAGUUCACUUGUCGUUCUGUCACAUGCGAAGUUCUACAUGGUCAAACACUCAGGUGCUGAAAAGCUUUGCUUUGAGACAAGGAGUUUCCAACGUCCUAAGCCCAAGGCACACAGCCUGAAGCAAACUGGACCUGUGCAAUUUGCUGCUGUGGGUUCAAUGUAAACUAUGGGUCAUAUUCACCUUUCCAGACACAUUUAGGACAAGGGCUAAGAACACAGACAAUAUUCAGUGCCUAUCUCUGCUAUCUAAAUGUAUUUUUCUGCAUGUGCACUUUUGUUUACCGAACACUGUGUGGUAUGAAUGUGAGCUGUCAGAACCUGGUGUGCACUGGAAGUCGAGGGACAUCAGCUCCAGAGAGCAGGCAGGCUUUUGCAAGGUGCAAUUCUAUAACGAUAGAUGGGGGAAAACCCAGUUCACACUAACAGGAGUAUACACAAACCUGGGCAAACUCUGGGUACAGGUUCAUAUCCCAAAACUGAAGCCAAUCCUAAACUUCAGGACAGGCAAAUCAAAGCCUGGCACUGAAAUCCAGGAGAAUGACAACAGCUUAUGGGGUAGCUUAGUCCUCUAAUUUAUAUACAAAUGCUUUUGCUCUCCCCAGUGUUUUCUUGUGGCAGUGUGUUCUGUGGAUACUCAUCUGGUGAUGCUGGUGUUACAGCCAAACCUACAGUAUGUGCUUAUAUUUUACCGUAUAUUUUUAUAUUAUACUCAAUAUUCUAAUGAAUAAACAUCUGACAUUUUACUGAAUAGCCAUCAGUAGGAAUCCUAACAUAAAUAAAUAAGAUAAAUACCCUCUACCUGUUAGGAAGUGGGCAAAUUAAAUAAUUUUACAACCUACAGUAAUACAAUUACUGUAUAUGCUGUACUAACAGAUCUUACAAGAUUUGUCAUUUGUAUUGGCUUGUACAUAGGUAUAACUUAAGUGGAAUUCCUGUAUCACCCAGUAACUUUACUGCUGCAAAUGCUAUGUUAGAGAUUGUUGGUUUUAACUAUUUUUUCUAAUAGGUUUAGCAGUUUCAUCGUAAAACAUCCAGCCUCCUAUGGCAACUCCCAUCUUCAGCGUACAUCCUGCCACCAUGCACUUUUUUUUUUUAAUCUUUUCAAUAUGCAUUUAAACUUGCAUCUAAUUCCUGGCUGCACUAAGGCUUGGGAGUUUUGUGCCUGAAAACCCUCUGGGCUUGGAGUUCUGGAGUGUGAGUCUGUGUUUUGGGCUGUGCCACCAGUUUACAUGUCUGUGACAGGAAGGAAGUGAGUUUGCAAGUGAGCAAGUGUGGAUGACGAUCUGAAAAGCAGCUGCUGCAGCCCGUGGAAAGGCAGCACUUUGUCUUCUUCUUGUAAAGAGCUUUGAGAUUUGGCAAUAAAACCCCCUUUUAAAAAUC